CUUUUCUUUUUAAUUAUCGAAUAGGUUGACGUGAAGAAAAUGUUAGAUAAGUAAUGAGGAUCAAAGCCAAAGCCAAAUGUAUAUCUAAAAAUAUGAUACUUGAUCAACUAACACAAAUUCAAUCCUCAAAAUGAUUUUUCUUACCCUUACAAAUUGAGAGAAUUUUAAAGAAUUCCAAUUAAAACCCCGUAAACAAACCCUCACUAAUCACAAAUUCAAAUUCAAAUGCUUCUUUCCACUACAACUCCAACUCUAAAGCCUCUUCUACUCCAUUCUUCCCACCAUCUUCUUCAUCAUCUUCAAUCCACCAAAAACCCUAAUAAAACCCAUCAAAAUCCCCAAUUUCAACCCAUUUUAAUUUCCUCAAUUACAAUGUUAACAUCUUCUUCUUGGUCUUGCCCUAAAUGCACGUUUCUCAACCCUCCUUCCCAAUCAUCCUCCUGCCAAAUUUGCUUAACCCCAUUUUCUCACCCUUCUUCAUCAUCUUCAUCUUCACCCCUAAAAUGGGCUUGCAAAGCUUGUACUUUUUUGAAUUUUUAUAGUCGCUCAAACUGUGAAAUUUGUGACACUCGUAAUUCAAUUAACUUCCUAGAAUUGGAUUCUACUGACCCGGAUGAUGAUCUUACCGGAGCUUCAUCUGUGGGCUCUGUUUUCUUCCCCUUGCGCCGUUGCAAUUCGGGUCGGGUUGAUGAUGAUGUGGGUUUAAAGGAAACGGUUCAAAUUCAAUCGGGUAGUGAUCAAUUUGUUGAUCAAGGUAUUCAAUUUGGUGGGUCUCGAAAUAAGCGCAAAUUACAAGACCCAGAUUCUGAGAAUGCUGAUGCUCUCCGCUCCUUCACUGCAAAGAAAAAAGAAAAUGCUUUAGGUAUGAAGGGCGUAACAUCAGCAAAGACAGAUACUGCGGACGACAGUGUUACGUUUAAGAGGAAACUCUGUGACCGAAGUAAUUUUAUCGAUAAGCCCGUCAAAGUAGAUGGAUUUCGCGAGGUUAAGUCCUCCAAGAAGAUGGUUUCAGUUUUAGAUUCUGUUAAUGAUUUUGGUGUGGAGAAUCUCGAGAAUCUCAAGGAAGUUUCCAGUGCAAUAAAGAUUCUGUCUUACAAUGUUUGGUUUGCAGAAGAUUUAGAGGUGCAUAGGAGAAUGCAAGCGAUUGGCGACCUUAUUCGGCUACACACUCCCGAUGUCAUUUGUCUUCAGGAGAUCACUCCGAAUAUAUAUUACAUUCUUCAAAAUUCUACGUGGUGGAAGAAGUAUCGUUGUUCUGUUUCUUAUGAAAGGGCUGCUUCCGAGGUUUACUUUUGCAUGCAGUUAACCAAACUUCCGUUAAAAUCAUUCCGCUGUGAACAAUUCAGCCUCACAAGAAUGGGCAGAGAACUCUGUGUAGCGGAAAUGAAAGUGAACGAGAACAAGUCACUAGUGGUGGCUACUAGCCAUCUCGAGAGUCCUACCCCAGGUCCUCCGACAUGGGAUCAAAUGAACUCGAAGGAGCGAGUCAAUCAGGCUAAAGAAGCUGUAAACUUUCUAAAAGGAUUUCCAAAUGUCGUAUUUUGUGGCGACAUGAACUGGGAUGAUAAACUCGAUGGUCAGUUCCCGUGUGCUGAAGGAUGGUUCGAUGCUUGGGAAAAGCUGAGACCUACCGAGAUUGGAUAUACAUAUGAUACCAAGUCCAACAAGAUGUUAACUGGUAACCGUUCUCUACGAAAACGUCUUGAUAGAUUUAUCUGUUGUUUGACUGAUUUCGAGGUUUGCAGCAUCGAUAUGAUUGGAACCGAGGAAAUACCCGAUCUGACUUACAGUAAGACGAGGAAAAUCAAGAACAAGAUCCAAGAAUUAACCUGUCCAGUUUUGCCAAGCGAUCAUUUCGGUUUGCUUUUGACCAUUACUAGUAUGAAGUAGUUAGGCAGUGCACUUGCCAAGUUUUCGUGCAGGGUACUUUGUUAGCGACUCUAUUUGCUUGCGGCAGGCAGCUCUUUUUGUAUAGCCGGAAAUCGGAAUGGAGGUAUGUGUGUCGGAGGACAGUGUUCCGAAUUUUUGUCGAUGGGAUCUUUAGGAAUAUGAUAAUGAAGAAAUACGUGUUGGUUUUCAAAUAUUUUUGAUGUAUCGUCGUUCUUGUGAAGCUCUACUAUCUAAGAUUGCAAAUUAGGACUGUGAGCAGUUUGAAGGAGCUCUAUCCAUUACAUAGGUUGAGCUACAAAGAAGAGCCGAGACCAGAUUUCGACUAAUUCGUUAUGAUAGUACUAGAACAAAUGUGUAAUGUAUACGCUAUUCUUUCAUGUCAAAAUUUAAGCUUUUCGUGCUGUG